AAGUCUUAAUUCUUAAACAAGUUUGGCAAGUAAUGGAUUCGUUUGUGUUUUUUGAAUGGGAACUGUGGCCUGUUAUGCGGGUUUGUCAUGUCGCCCUCAACUAAGACUGCCAGCGUUCAGAAUCAUAUGCUCGUCUGAGGUUGUUGUCUCGCGGCGACAAGCUUUGGAGCAACUGGACAAGAAGCUGGCCGACGGGGAUGACAAGGCAGCUCUCUCAUAUGCUAAGGACUUGCAAGGGAAGCCCGGAGGGCUUCGGGUUUUUGGGGCUGCUAGACAGGUGCCCCAAAGACUCUAUACCUUGGAUGAGUUGAGGCUGAAUGGAAUAGAAGCAUCAUCUCUUUUAUCACCAGUGGAUACAACACUUGGUUCGAUUGAAAGAAACCUGCAACUUGCUGCUGUUUUAGGAGGGCUUUCUGCCUGGAAUGUGCUUGGGUUUAACCCACAACAAGUUCUAUAUUUUUCUCUGGGAUUACUGUUUCUAUGGACACUGGACUCUGUCUCUUUUGAUGGUGGUGUUGGUAGCUUGGUUCUUGAUACAAUUGGUCACACAUUUAGUCAGAAGUACCACAAUAGGGUUAUCCAACAUGAAGCUGGGCAUUUCUUAAUUGCUUACUUGGUGGGUAUUCUUCCCAAGGGAUACACACUAUCCAGCUUGGAAGCUUUGAACAAGGAAGGGUCUCUCAAUGUUCAAGCAGGGACCGCAUUUGUGGAUUUAGAUUUUCUUGAAGAAGUAAAUGCAGGGAAAUUAUCAUCAACAACGCUGAACAGAUUCUCAUGCAUUGCACUGGCGGGGGUGGCAACUGAGUAUCUUUUAUAUGGAGUUGCUGAGGGAGGCCUUGCUGACAUAAACAAGCUGGACAUGUUACUCAAAGGCUUGGGAUUCACUCAGAAGAAAGUGGAUUCUCAAGUAAGAUGGUCUGUACUGAAUACUGUCCUGCUUUUGCGUCGCCAUGAAGUAGCUCGAGCUAAACUUGCAGAGGCCAUGUCCAUUGGCAAAUCUGUAGGAUCUUGCAUUGGCAUUAUAGAGGAUUCCAUCGACCUUUCAGAAAUCUAACUGCAACUGGGUCAACAUUUGUCUAAUUAUUAUGAUCUUGGGUGGGGAAUUAUGGCAGGUUUAGGCCAAGUGAAAAGGUUGUGAUAUUGAGAAAAGGCAAUAGUUCAAUGCAUUAAUUCUUUGAAAAUUCUGGGGAUUAUAUGUUGUGAAUGACCAUGCCUCCCCAUAAUAUUUUAAUUACAGUAGAUUUAAACUGCCUGUGCUGACAAAACGUUUUGCUUUCA